GCUGAGGAGACUGUAAAUAAAAAAGUUUCUGUGUAAUGUUAGCGGGAAAAUAUGUGAGGAAUGUAGUUAUUAUACUUUAUUUACUUUUCAGAAUAUGUCAAUUAGUCACGUGUUGUUUUCUAAAGAAUUACCAAAUACUCCUACGGCGCUUCCUGUAACAGGAACUAAGGGUGAAAUUCUGCCCAUAGUAUACAUAGCGUUUCUAUUCUCUUAAGGUUUUUAAUGCUGUCAGAGCCUGCAAUCACCACUAACGUUAUUACACUAAAACUCUGUGCUUGGGGAAUGGAUAGAAGAUCAGUGUCACUCCGUUAGAAACAUUAUGUAAUCCACUAUUAACCGUAUCAAUUCUCUCAUCAUGGUGGUUAGCUAAGAUCAGCUACGAAGCUAGGUUACUUGGACCAUUCUUUCAACUUGAUUGCUGACAGGUUAGCUUACGACAGCUAACUUCGCUAUGUGAACUAACUAAGCCAGGAAAGUGGCGAUAAAGAAACUCCCUGCAGCUCUCUGGUGUUGCAGGUCGCUCUCAUGUGCCCAUGGAGAAGGCAGUCUUUGAGGGGUGGCUGGAGUCAGUCUCUGCCACUUUCCUUACUCUAAGUGACCAGCAGCGCAACCAGUCUCUGGACCACCUUAUUUCUCUAAGUGGUGCUGCCCAGCUCCGUCAUCUGUCUAAUGGACUGGAGACAUUGCUCAAACGUGACUUCCUGCGCCUCCUUCCUCUGGAGCUGGCUUUCUACCUACUGCACUGGCUGGAUCCUGAAACCCUGCUUACCUGCUGUCUGGUCUGCAAACAGUGGAAUAAGGUGAUUAACUCUUGUACUGAGGUGUGGCAGGGUGUGUGCCGGGAGCUGGGCUGGAGGAUUGAUGAAUCCAUUCAGGAUGCAUCACACUGGAAAGGGGUCUACCUGAAGGCUAAAUUGCGCAUGGUGCAGCUGCAGGAUCAGGAGGCCUUUGAGACAUCGUCCCUCAUUGGCCACAGUGCUCGAGUAUACGCCCUCUACUAUAAGGAUGGCCUCCUCUGCACAGGAUCUGAUGACCUCUCUGCCAAAUUAUGGGAUGUGCGCACUGGGCAGUGCAUUUAUGGAAUUCAGACACACACCUGCGCCACAGUGAAAUUUGAUGAACAGAAGCUGGUGACUGGGUCCUUUGACAACACUAUUGCAUGCUGGGAGUGGAGCACAGGAGCUAAAAUCCAGCAGUUCCGUGGCCACACAGGAGCAGUCUUCAGUGUGGAUUACAAUGAUGAGCUGGACGUGCUGGUCAGUGGUUCUGCAGACUUUACUGUGAAGGUCUGGGCUUUGUCUGCUGGUGCCUGUCUCAACACUCUGACUGGACACACCGAGUGGGUCACCAAGGUGAUACUACAGAAGAGUGAAGUAGAAUCUGUGGUGCACAGUCCCGGUGAUCAUAUCCUCCUAAGUGCUGAUAAGUAUGAAAUUAAGGUCUGGCCUUUAGGUAGAGAAAUCAACUGUAAGUGUUUGAAGACACUGUCAGUGUCAGAGGACCGCAGCAUCAGCCUUCAGCCUCGCCUGCAGUUUGACGGGCGCUACAUCGUCUGCAGCUCUGACCUCGGAGUUUAUCAGUGGGACUUUGCCAGUUUUGAGAUUCUCAGGGUGAUAAAAACACAGGACCCAGCUAACCUGUCCCUGCUCAGCUUUGGCGAGGUGUUUGCACUCCUUUUCGACAACCACUUCCUAUAUGUGAUGGAUCUGAGGACAGAGGCUAUCUCUGGCCGCUGGCCUCUGCCAGCCUACAGAAAAUCCAAACGAGGAUCCAGCUUCCUGGCCGGUGUGACCUCCUGGCUUAAUGGCCUGGAUGGGGACAAUGACUCUGGACUGGUAUUUGCCACCAGCAUGCCCGACAAUAGCAUUCACUUAGUACUGUGGAAAGAGAAUGGAUAGAAACAAACAAGGAUUUCAGUGCCCAGACUGCUAGCAUAUGAGCACACCAUGAACACCACCAUGUGUGCUCUGGAAUUUCCGAAUCUUAACUGCCACCAUAGAUCAUGCAUGGACCAAAGCAUUUUGUUUUUAUCUGUUUCUUCCUCAGCAUACAGUCCUCCUCAAGACACAAACUGAACCUUUGCAGAUGGAAAUGCAAGGCAAACUAAGAAAGAUGAUGAAACUAUUACUGAUGUGCUACGCUCAGUUCUAGUUUAGUACUUGUUCCUUUCUGUAAAAAAAAGCUGUAAACCUCUUGCUGGUCUUCUGAUGUCAGACAAAGAAGAAAAAUUAAAUUUUUAAAGCCUAGAUAUAUCAGUGACAACUUAAAACAAAUGGUAAUAAAGGUUUAAAAAUAAACUUAACAUCAGAAAUCCUUCUGUAGUAGAUUUUAACGUGGAAGUUUAAAUGUUUUUGGCAGAUUUGCUCUAUAAUCAGUUUAGCUCUGUGCUGUGAGAAUAAAGCCCUUUUCAAACUGCACAAAAAGACCUGCUAACAUCUGACUUUUUAAUGUAAUGGGAAAGAUUACCGUACGGUGGCGGCGUGGUGGUGCAAUAGUUAGCAUUGUUGCCAUACAGAUAGAGGGGUCCUGGUUGGAACCCCAAGUUGGGGGAGUCCUUCCGUGUGGAGUUUGCAUGUUCUCCCAGCAUGGGUUACCUCCAGGUAUCUGGCUUCCUCCCACAGUCCAAAGACAUGCAUGUUACUUGGUGACUCUAAAUUGGCAGUAGGUGUGACUGUGAGUGUGAAUGGUUGUCUGUCUUGAUGUUUCAGUCUUGUCAUAGCCUGGCGACCUGUUCAGGGUGUACCCUGCCUCUCACCCAAUGUUAGCUUGGAUAGGCUCCAGCCCCCUGCAACCCCCAACAGGAAAAUGAAUGAAUGGGAAAGGUUGCAAUCUGCAUUUAUGCCAGGGUUAGAUUACUCUGCAGUGGUCACAGGUAUUUAUCGGCUUUGGCUCUGAUAGGCAGUGAUGGAAACUUAACACUUGGUGAAUGCGCUAAGUUAAGACCCUUAACAAGUGAGAUGAGAUGAUAGGUCACCACAAAAUAUUGUCUGUCUCCACCCAAGCAGCGUUCAGACAUCAAUCCAAAUUAGUCUGCACCGAGUAUGAGAGAGAGACUAAAUGUGUAAGAGAUGUAUAAAGAAGAAACCACUGUAAAGUUUUCCACAUGCCUCCAUGCUGCUUUCUACUGUUUACUAGCCUGUUUUCUGGUCUGUCUGUGACGUUGAACGUGGCGCACCAAAAAGUGCAAAAGACAAACUCGCCAGCUGCAGAGUCAUGUAUACAGCUCUGGUCUACUGGCAAUUGGAAAGAAGUCUGUAGCCUAUUUUUAGCCACUUUAUCUGUGUUUAAAAAUGUGCAUACACAAGCUAAUUUUAGUGCAAAAGUGGUAUAUUUGUAGCUGACCUUUAAUCCUUAGUUUAAUAAUUGGGUGCCAAUUGUGGACACUGACAUUUCCUUACCAGGAUAAGACCAAGUCAAAUGUGCUGUAGCCAGGGAACAUGGCCAACGCCAGGGUGGUCACUGAGCUGAUUUGCUGAAACAUUGGUUUCCUUGAAGAAAAACUGGGUUGCCUUAAACAGUUACUGUAAAUAAUGGAAAACAUUUCCUUUGACAUCAGAUUUUGACCUCAAAUGAGAUAUUCCUCAAGGUUUUUACAGAUUAUCCCCAAGAAAGCUCUGUACUGAAUUGUAUGUUGAAAAGUGGUUUGGUACAUUGUUGUGUACCAUGUAAAACAUUGUGAGGUUUCAUGUAAUUCACUGAAUAUGCUUUGCAAAGGGAUGUCUGGUUUAAAUGUUAGCUUGAGAAAUGUGAUGUGCCUUUUCAGUUCAUUUGAUGUUACAAACUAGAAUUCUUUUAUAAAUCUGGCACAUUGCAGUAAGCUAAUGACUGCAUUGUAAAUCUUACUUUUAUGUUGAAUUUUUCACAUUUCCUGUGCUUGAACAGUCUAAAAUGUCUGUAAUUAUAUAGUUAUCUACUUGACAUGACUUGCUUAGUAAAUUGUUUUUAUGAGUCA